AGCGAACGUGACCGCAAAAAAAAAAAAAGGAACAGUAAGAGGUGCACCGACGUUAGGCCGACAGAUCUGGAACGCAUUGCUUACACCGAUCGGAGUAUAGUUGCAGAUCGAAAUUAGAGCAAAACAUCAAAUGAUCGCAUUUCCGGUGAAGCCCCUCUUCGUCUUUAUCUUGACUUUCUCUCUCCUCCUCGUCGUUAUUCUUCUCUCUCCGCCGCCACAGUUCCCGCCGACUCAUGCUCCUUCGGAUUCGUCGGUAAGCAGCAAUAUAUGGAGUGUCAAGAGGAUAGCGGAAUGGCGGCCUUGCAAAUGGUGGUUAGAAGGGCAUUUGACACCUCUACCAGCUGAAAGCAACGGAUACAUCCGUAUAGAUUGCUAUGGUGGCCUCAAUCAGAUGAGACGAGACUUUUGUGAUGGCGUUGGAAUUGCCCGUUUGUUAAAUGCCACUCUUGUUUUGCCAAAGUUUGAGGUAGCUGCUUAUUGGAAUGAGUCAAGUGGAUUUGGAGAUGUAUUUGAUGUUGACUACUUCAUUAAAAAGAUGAGAGGCUUCAUCAAAGUGGUCAAGGAACUACCACCAGAAAUUGCUUCAAAGGAACCAUUUAGAGUAGAUUGCAGCAAAAGGAAAGGUCAAUUUGAUUACAUCGAAAGUGUUCUUCCAUCGUUGUUGGAACAUCGCAUCAUUUCCAUCACACCCGCAAUGAGCCAACGGAGAGACAGAUAUCCCCAGUAUGCAAAAGCCACUUUCUGCCAAGCUUGUUACUCUGCUCUACGCCUCGCUACUUCCGUAGAGAAGAAGGCCAUUGAGCUUUUAGAUGCUAUUCCCAAGCCUUUUCUAUCUCUUCACCUUAGAUUUGAACCCGACAUGGUAGCAUACAGCCAGUGUGAAUACACAAACCUGUCCGCUGCAUCAACAGCUGCCAUUGAAGCUGCUCGAGGAGAUAGAAGGCCGUGGACAGGAGAAUUAGCUCAGACUUGGAGAAAGCGAGGAAAAUGCCCUCUUACUCCAAAUGAAACAGCUUUCAUGUUUCAAGUGCUAAACAUCCCAACAAGCACAAACAUAUAUCUAGCAGCUGGGGAUGGUCUAAUGGAGAUGGAAGGUUUCACCUCCAUUUACACAAAUGUCUUCACCAAGUCUGCUUUGCUUGACCGUGAAGAUUUCACCCGAAUGCAUGGCAACACAAAAGCUGCUUUGGAUUAUUAUGUCUCCAUCAACAGUGAUGCAUAUAUAGCUACUUAUUUUGGGAACAUGGAUAAAAUGGUUGCUGCAAUGAGGGCAUAUAAAGGCAUGUAUAAAACCCUGUUCUUGAGCCGAAGAGCUUUUGCAGAACUGACUUACCAGGGACUUGAAGGGAAGGAGUUGAAAAAAUCUCUCUGGGAAGUCCACAAAGAGGAUUUCGCAAACGGAAGAGGAUUUGCCUUGCCAGAGUGUUUCUGUGAAUUCGCAUUGUAAUACUGAUUCUCUUCAUGCUUUUAUUCUUAGGCACAACACCAAUGUUGUUGAGAAAAAAAGUUUAUUCAUUUAGUGUGUAUGCACUGAGAGGUACAACAAAUGAAAAGCAUUUGGAAUUUUGGAUGCAAA